UUAAAAGCAGACGCGUUGAAGGAAAAAAAAAACAUUCAAACCAGCGAAGCUUCGCAUUCACAAGUCUCAGACGCGUUCCUUAAUUUCCUUGUAUUCUUUUCUUCGUCAUUUCAUAUCUUCUGUCCUUUGUAUAUAAAACUAUAACAUCUUUUCUUCAAUGUCAUUCCAGAAAACAGCAUCUUCAUCUCUCUCCUCAAUUCCUAAUGUUUUCUCGCACAAUCUUUUAUGUUUUCUUCUUCUUCUUCUUGAUCUUUCCCAGUGAUGCUAUUCGAUCUUUUCACAGUAAAUCUACCAGUGAUUUCAAUGAGAGAAAGAUUGAUCAGUUUGAUUUUUCUCUGCAAUUCUUGGAGGCCCCAGAGUAUCAAAAUGGAAUGGAAUGUGCUACUGUACCUAGUUUGAUAGAUGAUCCUUCGCUUGUUCAUGUAGCUAUGACACUCGAUCCACAUUACUUGAGAGGCACCAUGGCUGCAAUCCAUUCAGUUCUCAAGCAUGCUUCUUGCCCAGAAAACAUUUUCUUUCAUUUUAUUGCCUCAGAUUCAGGGCUGAUUAGUCCAAGCAAACUCACCAAGAUUGUAGAGUCCGCAUUCCCAUCUUUGAAGUUUAAGGUCUACAUCUUCAAGAAGAAUCUGGUCGAUAAUUUAAUCUCAACCUCCAUUCGUCAAGCUCUCGACAACCCAUUGAACUAUGCAAGAAGUUACUUGGCUGAUAUGCUCGAGCCCUGCAUUAAACGAGUGAUUUAUUUGGAUUCAGAUGUAAUAGUUGUUGAUGAUAUAAAAAAUCUAUGGAGGAUUCCUCUUACUGGUUCAAGAACUAUUGGAGCACCAGAGUACUGUCACGCAAAAUUCACCAACUACUUCAACAGCGAGUUUUGGUCAGAUCCUGAGCUUUCCAGGGUUUUUGAAGGGAAGAUGGCUUGCUAUUUUAAUACUGGUGUGAUGGUGAUAGACUUGGAGAGGUGGAGAGAAGGUGGUUAUACUAGGGAAAUUGAGAAAUGGAUGAGAAUCCAGAAAGAGAGAAGGAUUUAUGAGUUGGGUUCUCUUCCACCGUUUUUAUUAGUGUUUGCUGGGGAUGUUGAAGCAAUUGAUCAUAGAUGGAAUCAGCAUGGGCUUGGUGGGGAUAAUGUGGUUAGAAGUUGCAGGCCUUUGCAUCCAGGACCUGUGAGUUUGUUGCAUUGGAGUGGUAAAGGAAAGCCAUGGAGGAGGCUCGAUGAAAUGAAGCCUUGCCCAAUUGAUUCUUUAUGGGCACCUUAUGACCUCCAUAAAAACAAGAACCAUCAACAUAUCCACCAUAUGAAGAGAAGGCAAAGAUGAUCAAGUUUUGUGUAGUAUAAGAAGGUGAUUCUUUUAUUUAUUUAAAGGUGAUUCUUUUAUUUAUUUAAACUUGUUCUCAGUUAAUAUUUUAAGACGAGAGGACAGCUUUUGUAAAGAGAAGGAGAAAUUCCAGAUACAGAAAUCAAUUGAAUCAAAAUUCUUUGCAGUUUUGAGGUUGUUAUUCACAAAGAUUUUUGUCAUAUGGAAAGGAAUACAUUUCUUUAAUACUUUUA